AUGGCUGAGGAAAAGCGAGUAUUGAUGCUCACAAAUGCCGAGCUCGGCCAGGCAAACAUCUUCUUGGCUGUCGGCCAUGAACUGGUCAGCCUUGAUCCCUCACUGAAGCUGCAUAUAGCUUCAUUUGCCCCUCUCGCGAAACAUGUCAACUCAAUUGGCAUUUCAUCUUCGUCCGCUGAUGCCAAAUCACACCCAAAUAUCAACUUCAUCCCGCUCCAUGGCCCCUCGUGGAAGGAAGCGCUGUUCGGGCGAUCAGAGCACCAGUUCCAGGAGCUCUGCGAUAUGCGGCCGACGGUGUGGAAUGUCGGCAAAGCGGCCAAGAUGACUCGCAUCGCCUGUCCGUGGACCUCGGAAGAAGUUUGUGCGCUGGUCAAAGAGAUUGAGCAGAUCAUCGAGGAUGUAAAGCCAACCGCCGUCGUCGUGGACAAUCUGUUCACGCCGGCCGUCACGGUGUGCUACAAGGUGAAGCCCAACUGGAUUGUGCUGUCGCCAAACACAUACAAGGAGUUUAUUCUGGCCAAACAGCCAGACCAGCAAUACUACUGGAAGUAUCCUCCCCCGCGGUCCACGGUGCCAUAUCCUGUUCCAUGGUAUUACUGGCCUAUUGUCUGGUACAUGGUCCGGACCAUGUACUUGAAUCACGACGACACGUGGAUGACAGAUCAUGCGAAACAGAUGAAGGAGAAAAUCGACACCGACUACGCCGACUGGGCCUACAUUUCCAUCGUCCCCCCCGAGGGACUGAAGGUCCUGCUUGCCAGCCGUCCCGAGAUCGACUUCCCCUUCGACGCCAUGCCAGAUCACAUCACCGGCUGCGGUCCCAUUGUCCUGCCCUCUCCGCCGCUCAAGAAGACCGACCCGAACCUCGACGCGUGGCUGUCGCAGCACCCAACGAUAUACAUCAACACGGGCACGCACGCGACGUACACCGAGCAGCAGGCGGUCGAGAUGGCCGGCGCGCUGAGACACCUCCUCACAAAGGGGGAGAAAAGCAACAAGACGCUCCAGAUCCUCUGGAAGUUGAGCAAGCGCGGCGAGUACGAGACCGGAGAAGGAUCAAAGGUGUUUGCGGCGCUGGGACUCAAGUUUGGCGAGUUGGUGCGCAUCACCGAGUGGAUUGACCCGGACCCGAUUGCCAUUCUCACCAGCGGGCACAUUGCUUGCUCGGUCAAUCACGGCGGCGCGAACUCCUUCUUUGACGCGCUCAGUGCCGGCGUCCCGCAGGUCAUCCUGCCUGUCUGGGGCGACACCUACGACUUCGCCAAGCGCGUGGAAUGGCUGGGCAUUGGCAAGUUCGGCAGCCCCUGGAAUGCGCCGCAGUGCUCUGCCCGGGAGCUGGGCCCCAUCCUGGAGCAGGUCGUACUGGGACCUCGCUCCAAGUCGAUGAAGGAGAAGGCCCUUGAGCUGGCGCAGCUAUGCGAAAACAACGGCGGAGGGAGGCGGGUGGCCGCCCAGAAGAUCUUGGAGAUGCUGUAG